CAUGGCGAAACCCUCUGAAACAUUGUCAUAAUUUUAAAGAAUUUUAUAUGUCAUACACGGGGUGAAGAGAAAUAAAUCACGAUAAAGAUAAAUUCAGAUUAAGGUAAGAUCGAGUUUUAUUCGUCUUUACUCUUCUCAAUUCUUAUUCAGUCAGGUGCAACGGAGCGUCAAUUAUUCCAAACUUAUCUGGUGGAAAAAAUUGGUUUAAGUUUAUUUUGGCAAGUGUUUUAUAUGUUUUGCUCACGGUAGUUAUGAGUGUGUAUUCAGUUAAUAUAAUUGACACAACGCCUGUAAAAUAGUUCGGAAAUCGUGUAUUGCCAGAUGUAAAAAAUUAUCGGAAUUGAUGACAGUCGAAUUGGUAGGAAUGGACACAGUAGGAUAUAUUGUGCUUAAGUAGUCUGAUAUACAACGGUAUGGAGAAACGUGGUUCAAGCAUUGGAUUGGUAGCUAAAGAUUUUAAAUAACAACAAAAUUACAGUCAUACCUUUUCUUCGAAAUUGAUGGAUUUCUUCGACUAACUGUUUGCAUUUUUGGGGUAUUCUGUUUCUUCGAAGAAAAUCUGUCCAACUCCACAGUCAUGGGUAGUACAAAUGGACGAUGUCUCAAGAUCAUAGAGUUGCUUUUGUGUUUAAGUUGUAUGUGUUCCGCUGGACAAGACAAGAUGCAGGUAAGUAAAGUGGCUGGCAAAUCUUUAUGAGUACUUUUACAAAGUGAGGCUUAUACUGUGACAGUAUAACGUUCACAGCGAUUUUAACUUUGUCUUCCCAUAAUUUUUCAUGAAACAAUUUAAUUAAUGGGUGGAAGACUAAGUAAGCUACCAUGAAUGAAACUACACGCUUACUGUAGUAUUUGAUCCAGUAGUUAAACAGAUUGACAAUAGACCACGCCACGUCUGUUGUAUGGUUCAUUGCUUAUGAACAAUGUUUCGUGUGAAAUAGCAUUUCACGCGGUUAAGUGUCGUUUCGUAUUUGAAGCAGCUGGUACAAAAGAUCUCUCACCUUUUGCUGUUAUGGCUGUAAGGUCGUAAAAUUUAUUUAACAAAAUAAGCUAAUUUAAUUAAAAAAAUUAUCCGCUUGUAAUGCUAACAGUACAAUGGAGAGUGAAGCGGGGCAAAUUUCAAAGGGUUCGAAAUGCCAACUGUAGGAAACAACGAUCAAUUGGUGAGACUAUCCUGGGACGGUUCUAACUGAUGGUCAGAGAUGGACUUUAACUCUGUAAAUUUCACAGAUACGCGACCACUGCUCCAACAGAGAUAGCUUCUCUCUUUUUCUUCUUGACAACGUUUUGGAACCAAAGUCAUACUUUCAAAUGAACUGAAGUGAAGUUAAGGUAGUCUUGAACAGGUGCUGGUAACGGGUUACCAUGCAGCUCUUUUUGGUUUCUUCACUGAUAGUUCUAUUGCAUACUAACUUAAAAGUACGACAACCUCGUUUUUCACUGUAAAUAAUAGGGCAAAAACAAAGCAGCAUCCAGAACUUGAUAAUUACCGAGAUUUUCGAGAGACAAGGUUUCCCCCCGCCCCCUUCACCUGCCGCGGAUUGGUAUCCAAUAACUAAAAAAAACUGAGACAACCGAUCGAGGCAGUAGCUAAGGAAAAAAAUCAAUAUUUAAAGGUGUAUAUUAGUUUGUUAUAUUGUCGCCGAAGGUAAGAAUUUUUUACUAGCUAUGGCUGAAAACGAGUGAAAACGCUUUAUCGACCUUGUCUACAUUCUGUUCCAGUGGAACACACAAUGAGCGCUUUCUAUUCGACCUAAACUACCGAAAAUUUGGACACGGUGGCGAAUGGUACGGAAAUUUCGCGGGAACAAAGUUGAAUAGGAACACAACUUUCAGGAAGAAAUAUUUUAAAAACUGGGUGUAUCAAGCGAGGUUGGCUUUUUUUUUUUUUAGAAAUUUUGAAAAAUGCUGUUUCAUUCGCUGCUGGUAGUUGUCGAAAAUUCAAACUGUAAGUUUUGGUUGAAUGGAAAACGCCCAAUGAAACGCAGUAGAGGCUUGGGCGGACAAUUUCAUACCAAUCUCUGUACACGUAUUUUACCACCCUAACUUAUGAUUCUGUAUCUUUGUUGGAAAUGGUUUAUCACUGUUUGCAUUGUUUGUUUGUUUGUUUUUUCCCUAGGGCCAUCAUAGCAAUAUCCAUAGGCAUAUGACAGUGAGGGAUCUUUCUAGGUUGUUUGGAGUAGAAUCUCAUGGCGAUGGUAAUUAUUUCAUCUUCCACCUCUUUAUAUAAACCCCAUUGACGUAUAAAAAGUAAGUUAAGGUACAUUAGUGACGAUUUCCAAUCUGUUUAGAGAUGUGAGUUGCACAACGGUGCUCCAGGGCUUCCAGUUCUGUUGACAAUAAAUUAGAGUCUGGGUCGACACUGCUUACACAGAACUGUACUUCCUCAAAGCCAUAACCGUGAAUUCCCGAUAAAACUCGGACAUGUCUCACACUUUGGACAUGCGGUGUUGUUAAAGUACUGCGCAAGGAUGAAAACAAUCAAUCGCUUAUUAUGCAACAGUCUUUUUUAAUUUGGGAAUCACUGCACAAGUAUUCCUAGAAAGUCUUUCGGACUCAUCUGUCAUGGACUAUGCUGUAUCUUCUUGCCAAGUUCGUAUAUCAGCUAUCUUUCAUUACCUCUCAAUAAUUCAUAAUUAUAAAGCGAAAUUUACGAAGUUUCUUACUUUGAUAAUUUUAGAAAAAAGAACAAAACAUUUUUUGAUUAUGCUGUAGAUGAUCUCAGCCGAAGAUUUUCCUUAUGGAAAAAUAAGGUACAUUUAAUUUUCUUUUUCCAAAAUUCACAUUAUUGUGAAAGCAAGGGUUCUUGGAUUGUAAAACUUACAGGAAUCGUUAAAUUUGAGAAUGAAUAAGAAAACGAAAAAAGUUGUGUACAUAUUAACAACAUCAUCAUGCCGACAUUGUCCUAUUACUCGUCGUGCACGCAUCAACCUGACUAGCCCAAGAUUUAAGAGUUUUCACAAGUUAUAAUUUCUGCUACAAAGAAUUUCAAAUUAACUGCAACUGUCUUUUGUGUUUAGUUCCCGAAUACAAUGUAGUACAUCCCAUUCAAGUCGAUGAGAAUGGCGCUUUCAUCUCACAUGAACUCACAUUUCCAAGAAUACGCAUGCGUCGAUCAUCUAACGAGCCAGAGAAUGAAGACGUUCAUUAUAGAGUAUCCGCGUUUGGAAAUGAUUUGCAUCUUCAUUUGGAAAGAAACAAGAGACUAUUGGCCCCUAAUUUUAAGGUGGAAGUCAUAGGAAAACAUGGAAGGGUAAUGAAAAGACAUUCAAUGGAAAACUGUCAUUAUGUUGGGAAACUGAAAGAAAGAUCAAGAACAACAGUGGCGAUAAGCAAUUGUCAAGGGCUGGUGAGUUCUUUUCACUCAAGAGAAAAUGUAUGGGACAGAGAGGGAAAAGUGCAGUCAAGUCCUUGGUUUGUGAAUUUCACCAAGGUUAUUUUUUGACUAAUAAAACGCUUGAAAUUUAUCGGAAGUUGGUUUCGGAGAGGUCUGCAAACUUUUAUUUAGUGUUUUCAUGAGAGAAUUCAACUGUGGCCAUUACAAUAUUCUGCAUUGUUUGCUUUGAGGCCGUAGUGCGUGGAAUUGAUGACGUUUCGAAUAAUCGAACAAAAUGUGCGGAAGUCCCAGGAAUUAGGCCUCCAUUUAAUUCCAGCCUCUAAAAAUAGAUUUAGUGAAAUUCACUAAAUCCCGUUCAACGCUCUAAAAUUCAAUCUCUGUGUUAGUAUUCUCUCUUGGUUCACUCAAACGGUCUUGCUCAUGCAGAAGUUGAAGGCCGAACAAAAUGUUCUUAGUUCUCGGUAUGAAAUUACUAUUUUUAGUGUCAAGUUAAUCAGUGGCUCUUGAAGUAAUUUAAAGACCGCCAGUGCCUGAAUUAAGAAUUGUUACAGCCUUGCCGCGUGCAAUCAUCGAGUUAAACUAACUUGUACAAUGCUUUCUAAAAAGAAUGAUUAGACUGUAUUUUCCAUCCGUUUGUUCUUUUUAUCAAAGCCGCAUGUUUGCAUUACCUGUCGCCACACCUGAAAAAACUAAUGCCAAAAGAAGACGUUUUGUGCAAUAUUGGAUAAGAUUUAAAACACAGAAUUUAUAAAAGUAGCUUCUGGCAAUGACGUUUAGAGGCGCACUCGACAUCUUAAAGCUUAAUACUCGGAAAACCAGAGUAAAAUCGGUGAAUAUGUGGAAAAUGAAGUAUAAAUAAUAUUUCAUGCAAAUGUUUCAUGAGCUCACUUUAACUCCAAAAAGACCAUCAUCACCAAGUAGUUUUUAAAGUUACUAUGAAAUUACUAUGACAUUAGGGCUGAACUCAGUUCGGCAAACUGCUAUUUCAGUCACCAAUUAUUUUCCUGCUCGUCAUGACGACCAAAACAGUUGCGGCGUUUACUGCUGUCCGCUCAACGUAAACCUAAAUCAAUGCGCUACUCCCCUUAGAAUUUAAGGCCAAGGUCAAUGUACACUGAAUCCACUGCCAUAAAAUCGGAAUAAAAUGAAACAGAAAUGCGUGCACUGUGUUCUUUGUCGCUGCAAUUAGGGUAUCCUUGACAUCAAUAUUAAUGGGUCAUCUCCGAGUCGCCCAAAGCCUCUGUUUCAAAGAGAGGCUAAGUGCGAAGCCAUUGAAGUCAACUCAUUUUUUUAUAAAAAAAGAUUUUGCUCUUAUCUUUGUUUUGAAAAUGAGAGUUUUUGGAACUCGGAAAUGGCCUAUUAGAUAGCCGAAUUUAUAUACACCUGAGUGUUCCCAAAUGUUUUCGAUUCCUGUUAGUGCUGAAUAUAUAUGAUUUUGAUUUCUCUUGUGGUUUGAAGUAGCAAACUGUUUAAGAGUGACUGACCGGUUGUAAUGAAAUUUUUCUUGAUAUUAAUAAUAAUAAUAAUAAUAAUAAUAGUUAGCAGUACUAGUACUACUUCUUAAUGUUUGCCCAAGCGCCAGCAAAUCUUCACGCUAGCACAUAUUCACGUAGGUGUCCUAAUUUUACUCUAUAGAGUGGACUUAUCCAUACAGAGGAAGAAGCAUAUUUUAUCGAGCCACUUCCAGUUCAUCUGCAGAACAAAGUAACUAAAAUUGGUAGAAGUAGACCUCAUGUUAUCUAUAGACGAUCUACUACUUUGGAUGACAGGCAAAAACUUCAUACUGCUAGAGAUAAAAGACAAGUACAUACUUGCGGCACCGAAGGUAAAUAUGUCUGUUUUAAUUUUACUCUGGUUUUGCGACAACGUAGUAGAUAACACAAACUUGGCGCACUAUUAACCUAGUGCCGCUAACUAGUCUCUCUCGUCUCUGUUUUUGGAAAAAUUUAGAAAUGAGCAUAGUUUUGUUAAUUUUUUGGUUUAUCUAAUAUGCAUUUUUUGUUGUUUUAUUUCGUGGUGUUUCAUUGCAGAGAUUCAGACUUACAUUUAACAAAAGGUACACGUCAGAUUAAAAUUCAGGUCGAGAUUUUCUCAGAAAACCAGACAAUACAAACUAGGUUGAGUUUGAUGGUCAGGGUGAAUGUAGUCCUGAAUAGGACUGUUGUUGUUGACAGUGACUGACGUUUCGACAACCUGUACUGUGCGGUAGUCAUCUUCAGAGUCAAAGCAAGCUAGCGUGAAACUACACAUUUUUCUGUAGAAGUAUGAACAGUAAGCGACAAGAAAAGGGAAAAGUUGGUCACGUGGUACAAAUUCACGCUUGCCGUUUGCCGUAAACAGGACUUGAAUCUCUCUAUUAUGAUAGAUAUACCGUCUGAAAAAAAAUCUUUAUUAAUCACUUGUUUAGAUGAUCCUAAUAUUCGCGUCUCACGUUCGCUGAACGAAACGCAGCCACUAAAACGACAAGGACCAGCGGGACCGGGAGCGGAGAAAUACAUAGAAACUCUGGUUGUAGUUGAUCCAAAAAUGGCCAAUUUUCAUGGUGAAGACGCCGCGAAACAGUACGCCCUAUCCGCCUGCAACAUAGUAAGUUGACAACAAAUAAAAUUUACAAAAAUAAUCUAUUGAGUAUAUUUGGUUUUUUAAUAAACUUGUUCGUUUUAGAUCAACUGUUUGCUGUUGGUUGGAUUGGUUUGGUUGUUCGUGUUCUAUUCACCACUUGCACCUCUUCCAUAAUGCACCUUAUUUGCCCUCCUAAAUUUUGCAUAAGCUUUGUUUUUCAUUUCUCCUGGGUAUUACAGCCGUUCCAAGAGAAAUUGAAAACAAUGCUUAUGCAAAAUUUUGGAGGGACAACAAAGGGCCGGAUUACGCCAUUUUUUAAAAAGGCUUAUUGGGAAAAAACGUUUUUGAUUGUUCUGUUGAUCAACUUGUUAAACUAUCCCAGCUGAGGGUAACGUCCCUUCACCUGACAGAAGGCAUCGAGUAUCAAGUGCGGAGGCACCUUUUUCGCAAUUUUGCGCUUGAGAAAUUUAUUUUUUACCUGAUAGAAAUCUGAUUCCAAGAAUAUCGAACAUGAGAAAAACUUGUUGAUAUAACCCUCUUUCUCCUUAUCCUGCAUCCUCAUCAGCCGCAAAAACAAAUUUCCUCUCAUCUCAAUUUUUCAUCUGCCAAUUUUAUUCUGCGUAGGUCAUCCACAAAUUAAGACUAAAUUAACCUGUAAUGCAAGUGUCAGCUGUCUUCUCGGUUUCCAAAUUAAACAGUUCUGCCACAGAAAUAUUUCUCCUCAUCGUCCGAUUAUUCAUGGAUUUCAAACAUCUCUUAAAAGUUCUUGAAGACGAACCGUUGCGACCAUUCUUCUUUCGCCAUUCUGAAAACCUUGGCAAAGAGACUAGAAAUGACUAGUAACAUAUUCACAACCAAAGUUCAACCAAGAGAGUGUUAUUCCGGUUUUGGUUGAAACGUCUGACUACAAACCAGACUCUCUCAGAAUUCCAUCCUACACCCCAUUUCAUCUUCUACUUCUGCCUUCCUUUGUUUCCUGCUUGACUAACUUGACAUUUGAUCCAAUAUUUCUUAGGCCUCGAACCUCCUACGAGAUGCAAGUAUUGGAGAGAAUCCAGUAAAUUUUGUAGUCAGUAGAAUGCAGAUACUAACAACUCCACAGGUGUGUUGGUGCCAAUGGCUUAAUAAAUGUUCAGUCAGUAGUAUUGUUCACGGUAUUGUUGGUACCCUAGAAACUAGGGCAAUGACGAGAUGGGUCUCGUCUGUGUCUAAAACGAGUAAACCAGAUCACGUAUAAAAAACUUGAAAGGUCGCCCAAUGAAAGAUGGGAAAGACUUUAGCAGUUCUGCCUCCCCUUCCAACACUGAUCGGUCAUUCAGAAAACAUCAAUUCGCAUUUGUAUUUUGUAACUUCGCACUGGUUUCUUCACAAUUUGGCCUUUUUAACUCAUAAAAAUAAUGUUAAAAUUGAACAUGAAUGUUUGUCUAUGUUAGUUCUAGUGAUGCCAAAUGACAUUGGUUGUGCUAAUAAAUAAAUUAUAAUUCAUUCCACUUUACAUUAUUUUAGUCUGGACUGGUUAUCAACCACCACGCAAGCAAUACACUGGAGAGUUUUGGUAGAUGGGCUGAGCGAAACAAUAAUCCUUUGGACAACGAUGAGAACCACUAUGACUAUGCCACUUUGUUUACGAGGUAAGGUUUUAUUUAGAACUUUCAGUACGUUCACUCACUUACGGAUGUAAUGAAUGAGCUUUAGUGUGCUUUUAUUUUCGAUUAUGAUCUCCUUUGCAUCACUCUUAAUCCAGUAGGUCUAUUCUGUUGAUCUCCUAUAAUAGAAUCGUUUGUCAUGUCUUGUUUACUACUGCACUGGACAAUAUAUAUCAGCCAAUCAUUAGCCCUCGCUCUCUAAGUACACUACAUAUUAAGAAUGCUGCUUCUGUUAUUUACAGAUACAAUAUUUGUAAGGACAAGAAUCAACCCUGUGACACCUUAGGUAGGCAUUACGAUAAUGUAUACUAAAUUGUUUUACCACACCGUAUCAGUAGUGAAUAGCUGCUAAUUAUGCCAGCAUUCCUUUUUCUUUACCUCAUUCGCUGUAAUUGUAGUAGUCGAUAACUAUGGCAACUGACAGUUUAUGCAUUAUCAAGAAGCUGAAGAAGCAUAGAGCUCAUCAUCAUAUAAAUGACCUAUACGCCGUCACAUUUUUUAAAUUACUGACUGGAGGCACUAUGCAAGUUCAUUUUUGAUCAGUAAAAGCAGAUUUUUUAUCCAAGAGGCACAAGGAUAACCAGUACUGACGCAUAUGUAUGCGCAGUGGUCGAGAGGCCAAAAACCUAUUGCUGUGCUGUAUGAGCUUUUGGCAGCCUAUAGCUGGGACCAGCAUUAUUUGCUGCUUCAUAAUUAUUUCUAGUAUACUAGAGUGUAGUUAAAGAAGAUCCACGAAUCCUUCAGUGAUGACAGUAUAAAUUUCUGAUGUGGGUGCAUUUUGGUGUAUCUAGACUUUCGGACCCAUGUAUUCGCCAGCGAUUAUUCAGUAAUUCACUGCAAAUGCGUCAAAAAAUAGCGAUGCCUUGUAAUGAUACUGACAUAUUUAUGUGAACGACAGGCCUUACCAGAACUAGAGGGAUGUGCAGCUUCCCUAACUCAGCAAGCAUUGGCCAAGACAACGGCCUGAUGCUUGGAAUGACAUUAGCCCAUGAGUCUGGGCACAGGUAACUUUGAUUUAUGCUCUUUUUAUACGCCAGGUACAUUACUUAACCACUGACAUUACGUAGAAGAUCAUUAUGAAUCAAAUGUCUACUCGAGCCAUUCCUUUUAUAGCGAUUUCGCGGCUUUUUGUGCGAGCGCCGCAGAAACCCAGUGUUAUCUCAUUUUUAAACCAGAAAUUCUUACCACUUUUAACCAAUCAGCAAAUUGACACAAGUAUGACGCAAAUGUUAAAAAAAAUUACUUUGUAUCUAAUUUUCAGUCUUGGAAUGAACCACGACAAAGGGGAAUGUCCUGACGGGGUGAAUAUCAUGGCGUCGUACCCAGCAGGAAAAAGGUCAGCUUUUCAAUGGUCACCAUGCAGUAAGAACUACCUGCAACAGUUUCUCAAGUAAGUGUGCCUAACUAUUAAUGGGGAUAUUCUUAUAUGAAUAUAUAAUUAACAACCUGCGGCGGUUAGCCAUCUUGAAUCAGAACAAUUCCUUUUACUUUUGUCACGAAAUCUUGCAAAAGGUUGCUUUUGAUUCCCUUUUCGACCAAUAACAAUGCCCGUUUCUAAAGCAAUUUUUCCUUUUUGUUCGUUAUUUCUUCCUUUCAUCCUCCUUUUUUCAAAGAUAGAGCCACUCCCCCCCCCCCCUUUAUCUUGCAGAGGGUCUUUUAAACAACGCUACUCUGGUAAUCAUCUUCUAUCCCUGGCAUUUUUUUUUCUUUCACUCAAGAUCUGGUCUAAGCGCUCUUUGAUAUUUCAUGACACCAAAAAAAGUUCUUCAAUUGAACAAACUUGGAAAAAGAGAAAAUCCGUGUAAAAAAAAUACAUGAAAUGAAAUAAAUGCCCGUUACGUUUUUAAGGUGGAUUGUAUGAUUCCAUAAUGGUGACGUAUGUUUCACUACCCUGACCUAGUGCUUCAUUUCUCGGGGAAAGUCUCGCGAACGUAUUUCUCUGAACUUUACCUGAAAACUGUUUUUUUGUCGUUCUCCUGUUCCAAAAAGACCAGAAAAACGUUUUGGGGGUAGGAAACUGUUGGUAGCGUCUGUUUUAUCAGGCUAUCAAUACGUUUUCUAUUGAAAAAAGAGAUUUCUCCUAAAUUGUCAUUUACCAAAUUUCCGACCACAGCUCAGAUGAUUCCAGCUGCUUAGAUGAUAAUCCAACCAAAAAGAGCGUAAUAGAGACCAGGACACUGGACAGACCAGGCAGGCUUUACGAUGCGGAUGAACAAUGCCAGCUUUCUUACGGACAGAUCUCCAAGUUCUGUGGGGGAGGAAAAUUCUUGGAUGUAAGUGUUGCCAUUUACCAUUUCCAACAUUCUUCACACAAGGCAGAUUAGAUGUUGAUAUCAACCUAGCCUUCAUAACCAGAUAAUGGUAGGAGGGUCAUUUUUCAAAGUUAAUGCCUCAUUAGCUCUUUAUUAAGAGAAACAUUAAAUUUUAAGAUGAACAUGCCACGUCUUUUGAAUACGCUAAGGUAAAUUCAUCCUUCAAUUCUAAGUUUAAGGUUUGGACAAUCGAUGUGACUAAUAAUUGUAAAUUGCAUUAAUCAAGUACUUACGUUCGUAUGUAAUACCGAGGACAAGAGUCUCAGUCAUGCCUAAGUAGCCGUCAUUACUUAUCGCUUGGUCAACUAAUUGUAUAGCGAAAAUGAAAUUGCAGCAAAUUUGCGUGAAGCUAUGGUGUGAAGUACCUGGCGGAAGUGGAAACUGCAAGACUGCUGAGAUGCCAGCUGCGGAUGGCACACCUUGUGGGAAUGACAAGGUAUUGCUUGUGGUGCUUUCAGAGACCCCUUUACUAAUAGCAAUGAAAUACGACAAGUAUUCACUUGCAAAUACAUUUAUGCUUUUAAUGGAGGAAGGACAAGCUCAAUAUAUUCGCUGCGUUUCUAAAAAAAAAAGUUGAUAGUUCUUUUGGAAAAUGUCUCAAGCUGGGAAUAAAAUUCCCUUGCCAGCGAAAGCAUUAUAUGCGCAAAUUAUGGUGACAUAAUUUUAGUCAGUGGUAACGAACUAAGUUUACAUCUAAGUUAAUAGUUUUCUACCUUCAAUUGUGGUCCUUUUUAGACCCUUUCCAUUCAGUUUUUCUAUAUAAGAGUAACAUUUCCAUUAUUUAUAAUUGAUUGUAUUAUACCGCUUCAUUCAAGAUCAAAAACAUUUUAAAAGGAACUUUUCACCCUACGUCUGUUAAUAUUGUGAGAUGUUUUGACAAAAUCAGGAAUCAGAACCAUUUUUAUAUCUUUGCAGUGGUGCAGGCGUGGCCAGUGCAUCCAGGUGGGUACUGAAGGAGCUGACACUGUCGACGGAGGGUGGUCAGUUUGGUCCACUAAGUACUCCGACUGCAGCAGAACUUGUGGUGGAGGGGUGCAAUACAGAGAAAGAAGAUGCAACUCACCUCGGUAAAUAAGGAGCACGCUUUGGUUCGUUACAAUGGUGGAAAUAAACGUUUUAGCGUCUAGAAACACCAUGAGGGCACCAUUAAACGUCGACAAACGAUCAAAGAUUAUCCGUACAAACCCAUAGGGCAGCUAAUUAAUUUUCAAACUUAGGGGAAAGCGAUCGGAAAGCUGUGUAUGGUUAUUUUUUUUGCCCAAUUUUAUACCUAGCACAAAGGAUCGUCCUGGGGGAGAUAGUUGUUUAGUAUUAUUUUACCAAAUCCUUCACCUUCUCAUAUCCUCUUUGUGCCUCUUGGCAAAUAAGGCAUCCAAAAAGUGUUUCCAAUUUUGUCGGUUAGCUACUACGGCUCUCACUUCGUCCCAUAAUUGCCAUCCUGCCUCGUUUCUUUCUUUUCCAACUGCAUCCCUUAAAUCUUACCAAGUCAGUUGGAUAAGCAUUAUUUGCAAAUGAAAAAGUGACUUAGUAAGAGCCAGUUGUUCAUGUUUUAAUUGAUAGUAUUUCCGGAAUUUGUCGAGUGAAUUUUUGCGAUUUUCUUGCUUAUUCAAAAAAGAAAUUAUUUUCUUCCUACAGUGAACCAGUAAGGACAGGCAAAAUUCCGUCACUUUCUAAAUAUUUGUUAAUACAGCUUCUUUACCUUUCGCUAAAAUGUCCUAUCCCGAAACUAUGGCGAAAAGGAAUGCUAUGCUGACUUCCGUUCUAAAAACAGAGAAUAACUAUGGUGAAUAGCCCGCUUUAGAAGUAUCUGUAUAAUUUCCCUGCUUCUGGCUGGGCAAAAAAUAGUUUAUGGUAAAUCAAGAAAUUCAAACUUUGUCCGUGAAUAUUCCGUCAAUAUAUUCCGUCUCCGAUGAUGAUCAAAGAUUUCUUCGAGAAAGAACGGAUAACUCUUAAACAAUGAAGGGUUUCUUGUAGAUAACAGAAAAGCAUACACAAGGGUUAAAAUUUGCAAAAUACAUAACAAUAAAUUUUGAUGGAUAAUUGAGACUUUUUUCUAAUAGGCUUUGUCAAAACUCUAUUUUUAUCCAUAAAAGUACAAUGAAGACAAUUGUGAUCCACAAAGAAAGAAAACCAUACUUUUAUAGUUAAUUAAAAACGUUUUUUGUUUGCAAUUGCUAGCCCCAAGAAUGACGGGAAAAGAUGCGAAGGAGAAGAGAGGGAAUACAAGCUUUGCAACACUGACGUAAGUCGUUUAGGGCAAUACAUUUCGAAAUUAACUUUCGAGUUAUUGUCUCUCUCUGUCACCAUAAAGUACCAUAGACACCUCUAUUGGGUCAUUUUAAUUCUGCGGAGGUAACGAGUUCGGGACGAUGGGCAAAUGUAGUUUUUAGUCAUAUCCUUGUAUUCAACUUUUCUUUUUAGGCGUGCCCAGCCGAUUCGAUGGAAUUCAGAAACUUCCAAUGUCAAGUGAAGAAUUCUCAGCUGUUCAACGAUCAGUAUUACGACUGGGAAUGGAAACCCUCGACUUUAAGUAAGUUCUGCAGAUUCGUGCACUUCUGUAUAGGGAAGACUCCCUGUUCUAACUGGUCGUAGGCACCGGCACCCUCUGUCACUGAUGACAACAAGGUUAAUAAGUCUCUAUAUCGGUUAUUGCUAAUCACUGAAUUGACAGCACCUCUGAUAAUUUAUCCGAUCUAGUUUGUCUUGCAAAUGAUCGUUAAACCGUUGGACAGUCUCCUUCCUCCUUCCUAUACUCAGCUACUUAAUGUUCCUGUCAGUCUGUGUACAGUAGAUGCAGCCCUUUUAGAAAAACUUUGCGUGGCGUUGAACUUUAAACGAAACGCAACCUAAAACGUACCAUAUACGCGACAUGUCGUUUUCCUGCCGAAGAAGAAAAAGGAGAGAGUCAUAACUUCACUAAUCUUGGUAAAAUAGAGGUGUUUAGUUUAUUAACAACUUUUUUUUUUCAUUUUUAGAGAGAAAGUGUGUCUUAGGAUGUUUUAUCAAAGGAACCGGGUUAGGCUUUGCAUUUGGAAAUGUUGUCGAUGGAACGGAUUGCGAAAAGACCUCUCCUGACAAGUGUAUCGAAGGACAGUGCACAGUAAGUCAGCUUAUUUUUCAUAUACACAUUGAGACAUUGUAAGACAUGCCAGGGAAAUCAAUCCCAUUAAUUAGCAAGAAAGAACAUAAGUGAAAAACAAUCUGCUUGUCCUUUACUUUAUUUCAAGCUGCCUGGCAGUUUGAUUUGGCAAUUUCUGUGGGAUGUUCCAACUAGCGAAUAAUUUGAUUCGCACAUUAAUUUCUGCGGUUCCACUUAGCACUUAUACACCCUCCUGAAACAUACUCACUGAUACUUUUUAAUCUGUACAGAAAGUUGGGUGUGAUGGCAUCAUUGGCUCUAAAGCAGUGGUCGACAGGUGUGGGGUGUGCAACGGAGAUGGUAGCACAUGCUUACCAGGCUCAAGAGAUAGUGUAACAACGAACACCUCUAGUACCAAGAAAGCAUUUACUCCAGGGGCAGCAAACCUCAUCACAAGCGCCUUAGACUGGCUGAAGCGUAUGGGAUAUGACGUGGACAGAAGAGGACAAAUUGCUGCCCCUGAAAGUACCACUAAAGACGCUCAGAAGGAUGACUUUUACUGGGCUGUAGUUAAAACUGGUUGCAGUGUUUCCUGCGGUGGAGGUAAUUUUAUCUGGAGAUAUGGGCUCUUUCAAUUUUCCAGAACUGUCCAGCCAGACUAUUCCCGUCGUAAUGAGAAUUGCGCUUUUACCAAAAAAUAUCCAGCCAGAUCGGUAAAAUCCUAAAUAGCGUGCUCUUCAGCAAUGGCUCUUGGAAAAAGCCAAUUUCAUUUUCAAAAUGACUGGUCUGGCCGUGAUACCGCCAGCCAGUCCUGAUUUCUGUAAAACGCCCAUAAUUGUUUUUUAAAAUGGUUUAUUUUUCAUCCCGGUGGAGUUUUGGAUGAUUCGAUGCAAGUUUGAAUAGUUUAUCAUUAAAACGAAGACACCUUAAACCGAAGAACUAGGUAGUCGCAUUAAAUGACCUAGUGAAACCGGUUGUCUAGUUCACCCCAAAAAUUGCAAGAUCCUCCAACUGAAAACCGAUGAUGAAAUCCGUUGGAUAACGAAAACCGUGUUUUUUUUCCCAAUGGACCAAAAAACUUUACUAACGUACCAGUUUAGAUUCCCCGUUUGAAGUGUCAAUUCAGCCUACUGCUUAUGCAAAGGAGGGUAUGUAUUUUCUUCUUCUGAUUUCUGAAGCCUGUCUAUGUGCUUGAUAUUCCAUAAACAUACGUUUGAGAAUCAAAACGUUUGGUCUUUUCGGUUGUUUUUCUCUGUGACAGGUUUUGUUUUAUUCAGAUUCGAAGGUUUAUAUUUUCCUUGUAGCAGUUGUAACAUGAGUAAAAAGUAGAUGCCUCCUGAAUUGAAGAUCUAAAUCAAUGGAUGCAUUAUUUUAAGUCUCAAACCUUCUGGAUCACUUAUGACUUCAGCACUAAGUAUUAAAACAGUGGUUCAAAGUCAGAAUCUGUGAGCCUAGUAACUGAACUUAUUGGCUACUUUACAGUCUAUCAGUGUGAACAAUGUGAGAUACAUAUUUGUCAUAUUGGUCCUCCUUUAAACAGGGCAGAUGGAGGUUGCCGACACAUAGCUGCAGCAUUGUUUGAUCUAGAAGCAAAUGUGAGAUUCAAUGAUCUCCAAUCAUGUACAUCAGGACAGUGCAUGUGGAAAAAGAGAGGAAAGAGAAAUGAGGGAAGUUUGCCCAUUCAGGACCUUCAAACGAGUGGUAGUUACGGUGUGACAUUGAAAGACCCAAUUCACCCAAGAGAUUUUAAUCCAAUUUGUAUUCCCUAUAAUGUGACUGAACUGGAACAAGAUUUUAAAGCUGGGUUGCUGGAAACAUGUCCUAGCUCUUCAGCUCUGCCUUUUUUUAUCUUCAACUAAAGGACCCAGGCAUACAGAGGAAGAAGUCAGAGCUUUCAUCAGCAGUGAUGUUAAUGUCUGUAAAGAAGAAAGUGUUCAAAGUGUACAUGUAUAUUCAAUGAAUGAUUACGCCAAAGUGUUUGUUUCUGUUAAUACUGAGAAAGUGAUGCCUACAGUUUCUAAAGAACUUGCAGUUGAAUUCCUCGAGUCUAGCCUUUGGGAGGUUCAACUUAACCCUAUAAUAUAAAAAAUAUCCUAAGGCAUGGGUUCGAACUUGCGUCGGCUAAUCAAUGACUUUAUUCCUUUUUCCCUAGUUUAGCAUGGUGAAUUUCCGGUGGUACAUUUUUCUUGGCAAUUAAGUAACUGCAAGAAACAAAAUAAGGAAAAUUAAAGCAAACACAUCAUCCUCUAGAUAUCAGCUUAGAAAUAGUCAUUCAAGCUCGUACGCGUCCGAUUGUGGCCGCCAACAUACAACCGAAUUUCACGCAACUUCGUUGUCCUAUUUUAUUGAUAUUGCUUUCAUACUAGGUUCAGAGGACUCGUUUGCUGAAUGUCGGAGAUCAGAUGAUGGUUCUCCAGUGAACGAGGAGAAGUGUGAUGCUGGUCUCAGGCCACCACGUGCGACAGCGCACUGUAACUUUCAACCAUGUCCACCUGUGUAAGUAACAAAAAGACCUAAUAGAUUGGUUUUACUAUUGGCAUAUUCAGAAUGCAGGAAAAGACGUUCUUUGAGAGUAUUAUCAAGGCGAAUGAUAAACAUGUGCAGUUAACAUAUUGUUCAUCAUCUAAAUAAAGGGUUGAUAGUGUGCUCUCUACUAAAUAGAUCUCUACUUUAUGGAUUGCAUGAUGUAUUUCUCUAACACGUCUCUAACUCGAAAGCAAUUUAUCCUUGCUAGCGAAAGUGUUGGUUCCCUUGACCGAAGUUCCCCUUGGGUAAACGGUGUCUGUUACACAAAAGAAAAUUGGCAACUAAGAGACUAUGUGUCCACUGUUGCGUUAGCUUAAUUUAUUAAUUUUAAUCCUGUAGUUGGAAGCCCGAAGGCUGGGAGGACUGUUCCCAAACCUGCAAUGGCGGAAACAGGACACGCGAAGUGAAGUGUAUGCAAGUAGCUGCUGAUGGGAUAGAGUAUGAUGUUGACUCCAGACUCUGUUCAGAUCCUAAACCAUCCAUGGUAGAGGCAUGCAACAACGUACCUUGUCCAGCAGAAUGGGUAGCGCAACCAUUUGGACAGGUAAAAAUUCGCACUGAAUGCCAACAAAGACAGUAUCAUGUCUGAAUUGGAUUCUUAUUCUGUGAUAGCCUAGCUGCAGAAUCGCUGUGAUGUAUAUCAAUAUAGGUGCUAUAACAUGACCGCGUCCGCGCCGUGUACGCCAGACCAAAGCCUGCAAAUGAAUGGGCUAAAUGUUAUUUUUGUUGCAGUUAAUUCAGAGCAAAACUUGUAAAUUAGUCUUCAUGCAAAAAGAGAUUGUAAGGCAUUUCAAAGUAAAACUCCGUUUUUAACCUUGUCAUAUUAAUUUGGGCAGUGCUCAACAAAAUGCGGUCGUGGACUUCAGAAAAGAACUGUGAAAUGUAUGAAGGCGGACCACCGUGGAAAUCUAAUGGACAUGGAAGACAGCCAGUGUGAUGUAACGUUUAAACCUCCCUCGCAAGAAUUCUGUAAUGUUCACAACCCAUGUCCUGGUGAUGGUGAGUUUUGCAAUUUGAUUAAGAUUUCACCGUUUUUUGGAAGUGAAAAAAGGCGAAAGAAGAUAUAUUCCACCGCCUGGUUAACUCAAGUGGUUGAGUACCAGAAUGUAAAGUGGUUGGGUGGCUUCGAUUCUCAGAUGAACGAACGCUGAGAGUCCUUAAAACAGUUGAGGAGAGCUACUGCCGAGUUACUGCACUGACAGUUACUGAGUUACUGCUACUGCACUGACAUUUUGUUGAUCCGACUUUUUUAGAACUCAAUAGAACCAAUUAGGACGUACCACACCUCUAUCUUUGACAACUCUCAGAGUCUUUCCCAAAUUCUCAUUGGAGUGCAUUCUUAAGUUGAUAAUUACUUCAUAAUAUUUGUAAACUGAGCUACAAACAGCCCAGCAAAGCCCCCAGAAAUUGUUGUAAAUUGUGUUAACUCCCUAAAAACUUCAAAGAAAAAGAUACAUUUACAUUUACAUACUAGAAAUAUCACAUGGAUAUUCUUUUGUUAUUAUAAUGCUCAACAUUCAAAGGGCUCGAAAAGGAACGUAAAAGAAAGGAAUCGGAACGCCAAAUUGUCUAUCAGAAUAUUUUAAAAUCAUCCACCACGUUAACCACAUCUGGAUCAUCACAAUGAUUACUGGUAAGAAUAACUGUAUCCCAGACUAUCGUUAUUUUUGGCACCAAGCAAGGGAAUCCAAGACAGUCUUGGAUUCUUGAUUCCACGCUGUGGAUUCCGGAUUUCAGUUACUGGAUUCCAGAACUUUGUCAGUGGAACUGGGAUUCCGGAUUCCAAUCUCUAGCGGGAUUUCAGAUUCCUAGAGUUGUAUUCCGGGUUUAAAAGCCAAGAGAAAAAUUGCCAGGAUUCCGAAUUCCACAAGCAAAAACUCUCCGAAUUCCGGAAUCGAGAUUUCCUUACGUCAUCUUAGUGUUAUCGUGUUGUGCACUAUCCAGUCACUUUUAUCACGCCAUCUAGAUCUAGAUCUAUAGCUCUGUGCUACAACGGGUUUCCUGAGUAAUUAUAACAUUAUAUCUCCUCAGACAACUGCGGCGGGAACUUUACAACAGAUGUAGGAACAUUUUCGUCUCCAAACUACCCGGCAGAUUAUCCUGACAACAAGGAGUGUGUUACAGUUAUUAACGUCAAUCCAAACAAGGUCGUUAAGCUUAAGUUUCACAGGUAAAGAUGGUACUCAUUUGCUGGUUGGUACUUGUUGGACUCGUUGGCCCUUUUUGACUGACUGAAGAUGACACGUCGUCCUUACUCUAUGUUGCAUUCCUUUCGCCGGUUCCGAUGAAAUUCACGAAUAGCCCCCAUUUUGCUCCCAAUGUAUGGGUCUUCUUAGCUCAGUUGGUAUAGCACCGCGUGAAACACUCAUCCCUUUUGUUAAUUCUUUGCAAUUUCUUCAAAUGCGAACACAACUGCGAUGGUUAAAUCUGUAUUUAGAUUAUAUUCAUUUGUUUAGGUAAGAACUCCAUAAUUGGUUGUAUGAUUAGAGAUACAUUGUAUGACUUUUGCUACUAAAUUAGAAUUGUUUACCUCUUCUAAACGUAUUGGACCCGGCACGACUUUCAACUUUAUUAGUAACAGUGUUUUCAGAGCACGCAUUCCCCACCCUAACAGCUAGCGUCUUUGUCAUAACCUUCCACAGAACGAACACAUUUCAUUUGUUCAUCUUUACAUUCAGCGAGAUCAAUAACAUUUUUUAUUGCAUGCACACUUACCUUAAAAUAUGUUGCCGUUAACGUAAGUGACGCAAAAAAACAAACAAACAAACAAACAAGCUGAGUUUAACUAAGUGUUGAAUAAAGAGUGUUAGUUUUUACCGUUCCUCCCACUGAAAUGAUGGUGAAGUUGCCGGGAAGGGUUUGCGGUUUUCCAACCUUUUCUGUCAAUAAUUGUAGUGUUACUUUGUUUCCAGUAUGCAAAUUAUGUCUCCCGAAGAUACUUCAAAUGCUGAGAAGUGUAAAGGUGACUUUUUAAAAGUGAUGGACGGUGACUGUUCUUCGUUCAGAGCAGAAACCAAAUACUGUGGGAAACAGGAACCUGCUCCAUUCUUCUCCACUGGGAACAAACUCUGCGUCAAGUUUUAUUCGGAUGAAUCUCAAACGGCGCAAGGAUUCAGUGCAUCAUACGAGGCUGUAGACAGACCAACCAACCCGGGAGGUAGGAGAUGGGUAGCAAUAUAUAAUGUAUUAAAUUUUUUAUAGUCUUGUAUGAUUCCAGUGUCAUUUUCCUGAGCUAGAGCAACAGUUAACUAACAUACUAAUCAACAAGGAGCAAUUGCGAGCCUUCAAGAGAUGCAAAAACUGCACCUAAACUUUGUAUCGGAAUGGGACCCAUCGAGUUAGCUCUACAUGAGUAAACUUAAAGAGUCCGUACUCGAAUCUGAGCUAACUUGACAGGGAGCCAGUUAUAAAUAGCCGGUCACUUUAUGUUGAACAAUAGGGGUUAGUGCAAUCCGUUACCAUUUCAAUGUCUGCCUUGUUUUGGUGUUAUCGUAACUGACUUUCGUUGCAGAUCAAUGUGGUGCUGUUCUGACGUCGCCAGUUGGAUUAAUCACGUCACCAAACUACCCGGAGCCGUAUCCAAGAAACGAAGAGUGUAAUACAACCAUCAGGGUUGCCAAAGGUCCUAUCAAUGUAGCGUUUCAGGCUUUUGAUGUAGGAAGUACAACGUAAGCUUAUUUGCUUGUAUGUUACCAUAAUCAUCACUUAGGCCUAGGCCAGACGUCGAACUUUUCAUUAAACGAACCAAAUUUGGUGAGUUCGACGUCUGGUUCAGUUAAGUUCGUCUGAUUGAGUUUGGAUCGUCCAACACGUUCUUUCCGUCUGUUCAAGAUGGAUACAACGUCUGAAGAUCGUCCCCCGGAACUAAACUAAUAAAUUAAAAAUUUGUAUGUCAUACAAAUUAUAUAUAUUUAGCCUCGUUCAGGAGAAAAUUUAUUAAAACUGCUUUUUGGUCUGGUUUAGUUAAUUGGUUCGACGGGUGUUCGACGCCUCCUAAGUUCGAAGUCUGACCCAACAGACCAUCGUAACUUAAUUUAGGUCGACUCCAAAUUAGAGUUUGGUUCGUGUCAUGAAAAGUUCGACGUUUGGCCUUGGCUUUAGAGUUCAAUCGUAAUCGAUAACAGACUUGCCGUGCCAGUAACAAAAGUAGCAUAAAGCCAAACCCCUUGUUACGCCAGAUGCACUUCUCCCUUUUACCCAAGUUAUAGCCCCCCUUGUUACCCCGGCUGCCCCUACCCGUUCUCACAUAAGAUAAACUUCCCUCUUGCCACCCAAGAUACCUUCCCAAUUUUAGAGGGUAAAAUUGAACCACAAUAAAUAUGUUGUGGCUUAUCCAUUGUUUUUAGGUAUGAUAACGUAUAUCUAAUAAUGCGAUUGAAAGAAAAUAAGAUGUAAUUUAUACCAAGGAUAAAUUUGAACCACGGAAAUACAAGCCAUUCUUUGCAUGAUGAAUGCACAAAUUCUUCCAGAUUAAAGGUUAAAAUGUUCUGCUAAACUUUAUCUUUCAAGUGAAAGUUUUGUUCCUUCAUUUGCACAGUUGC